AGUCACAGAGAGCUAAGAAGCAAGAAGAAAGAAGAAAGAGAAGAGAUGGUGAAAUGCAAGAAAAGAAGGAAGAAGCUAAAUGCUUAUUGUUACUGGUCAGCACUGCCAAUUCCUAUUUCUCUGAGAAAAGUUUUGUUUUCUCACUCUCCAAACAGACUGUAAUUAUUAUGGCUAGAGACACUUUGGUUUCUCUUUGUUGAAUUGGGGAAUUCAAAAAAAUGAUAUUUUUUGUGAAAAUUGAUAAUUUUGGAGGGAAAGUUCAAAUCUUUGAGAUAAGAUGUAUUUGUAUUGUGAAUUUGCUUUGAUGGGUUUUGUUCAAAUUGAUGAUAUGCGUCUUUUAGGCAUUUGGAUAAAUGGGUUUUUGGAUAUGGAGUAAAAAGUGAAAACCCCAAAUUUAGCUAACUUUUUUAGGGUUCAAAGGAAGUGGAAGUUGGUGGGUUUGGAAUUUUGGAGGUUUAGAGGGCACUGUGUAUGGAUUUUAUUUGAUGAGAAAAUGCAACUGCCAUCACAUUAGAAUUCACUGAUCAAUCUGGUGGAUUUAAAAGCUCAGACAGUUAGGAGACUUGGGCGAGGAAGGUUGAAGAAAUAUUUUUAUUAUUCGAGCAGAUUGUUGAGCUUGAAGCUAAAGCAAUGUGUAGUUUAUAUGUUUGAUUUUGAAAAAUGCUUAUUAUGCAAAAGUUCCACCACCAACAAUGCCUAAGAAGGAAGUUCAAGCAGGUACAAGCGAUGGGUAUCGGCAGAGCAGGCUCUGUCCUUUACUGAAUGGGGCUGUUUUGCCAUCCUCACCUCUAAAGGCACAGUCAGAAAUUCUUGAUAGGCCAGUCGGGAAGGUGUGUUUUGCUUCCCACCAAUUUUUGGUUACUUGUGAUAAUGUAUUAUUAGAAAAUGGGGAUUGUGAUAUACAGAAGCCAGUGCAGCAUCAUCAAAGACUCACAGAAAAUGCAGAGUGUGAAGGAGAGGUUUUGCUUUCCAACUCUGCUAAAUUAACACAAAUAAAGGGAUCAACAGGUAGUUUAGUUUCUGUAGACAUUAAAGAUGAGAAAGAAGUAUUAGUUGUUGAAGGUGGAAAAGAAGUACUCGGUAGAAGUACACUUCAGGUUCCACAUGGGAUACCUUUUAGCUGUGUUAGUGUGGGUGGGGCCUGCAGGGCUUUUCCUUUAGCAAGGACUGAUAGUACUGGCUCAUAUGAUAGUGGUGGAUUGCUUGAUACUGAGGUGCUAAGGGAACGGAUGCAGCUCAUUGCUGCAGCACAGGGCCUUCAGGGGGUGUCAAUGGAAUGUGCCAAUUUGUUGAUUAAUGGGUUGGAUGCUUACUUGAAAAAGUUGAUCAAGUCCUGUGUCGAAUUGGUAGGGGCAAGAUGUGGACAUGACUUGUCAAAGAAUAAUAGUUACAAGCACCAGUUUGAUGGGAAGCAUUUCCCAAUUUCAUUGUUAGAUUUCAAGGUGGCAAUGGAGCUUAACCCACACCAGCUUGGGGGAGACUGGGCAUUUCUGCUGGAGAAAAUAUGUAUACAUGUAUUUGAUCAAUAACAUUUCUGGAGCAACUCUUGGUCUCUAAUAUGUGAUUGAUUUAAUUACGGACUGGUUUGAAUGGUCAUAGAUGCUUGAUGGCAGCUUUGCUUCGGUACUGAUGAUGCAGUAAUUCUCAUGAUAACAUAAUGCUCCAUACAAGUUCACCCAAAUCAGGAUAUUUUCUGCUUUAAACCUAGUUCUCGAUCCCAACAACCCCUUCUAUUAGCAACCAGCCUGAAUGGUGUUGAAUGAAGAAUCUUAUGUUUGAUUGCCUUGUUGUAACUUAGCUUAGUUUUGUUAGCAUUUUUUUUUUUUUUUUUUGUGUAAUUUACAGGCAUUGAGAAUAGAAUUUUAGAUCAGUUUUGCAAGAAUAAUUUGUAAUAUGUCUAGCUCAAUAGAUAGGUAAAACGGGAUGAUGCAAAAGCUCUUGUGUAUGUAUUUUAAAACUUAAACUUUGUUGAAUUCUUGAUAUUAACAAUGCUUUCUCACAGGAUUCUUCUUUAUGUGUUUACUUCCAAAUGUUGAAUUGAGUGGCAUUUCAUCUUAAAUAGUUUCUUCUAAACAACUGUGCACUUAAAUUAUAACAUCUUUUGAAGUUUCUCCUGUAAGGAUAAGUUACUUCUUGGUUUUAAAAUGUAUGAUUGUUUCUUGUUUGAGGCAUAAGAAGCCCUGCUUUAUGCAAGAUCUCUCUCACACCCUUCAUUACAGACUCCCAUCUAUGCAAAGAAUAGAUUACAUUUUUGUACUAUUCAAUAUUGGUCAUAAGAUUUUCAUUUCAUUUUAUUGAUUUCUUCAAUUUGAGGACUCGUGAAGACAAAGAUUUCAUAUUUGGUUCAUUAACAAACACCCAAGUUUUACAAACUGCCAUACUGGUUCAAGUACAAAAAAUUACUGCAUAGGCAGUUUAAAGUGUUACUGUCACCACUAUAAACAUUUAUUUAUAAUGAGUGCUAUUGACAUAAUUCCUAUCUUUUAAUUUGUCUGUACGUCCCUUGCCUUUUGAAUUUUCUGAUUGAUUCUUUGCAGCCUUGACCUUGUCUUGAAGUAUUAAUAUUUUUCUUUCAUAUUUAAAUCCAUUUUCUCUAUAGUCUACAAGCUUGCUAUGGAAUACACAGUUCCCACAGAGUCUUAUCUUAGAUACUGUUCUAAAGU